ACAGAUAGCUCUAUUCAAGGGCGACUUAGAAGCAACACCUCGAAUCUCCACGUGGAGUGCUAAAGGUGGGCGUUCCCAUCCAAGGAGCAAUGGAAACUUGGAAGAAGUUAUGGACUGCCUUUCACAAGCUGCAAGAAAAAGACAGACAAGAUGGAGUAGAGGAGGUCAUAAAACAGCUCGUGAGGGAGUCACUACAGGAGAAAAAUAGAGAUGUGUCUGCUACUGAUCUGAGCAUGCUCAGUGGGUUUCUGUGUCCGGUCUUGUCUAGUCUGAGCUCAGGGGGCGUGACUACCACUCACCAACUCUGGGGGGCUGGCUUUGAAGGGGUUAAGUUGGCCCGGAAUCUUGUGGCAGGAGUCAGUUACAACCAACUGCACAUAUUAAAUGAUUCUGUACUAAUAACUGCUGUCGUCAACCUUUGUAACCACCUCUCGACCUUUACUGCCUUUGAUACAAGUACUGCCGACCUGUUAAAAGUGGCGUUGCAGUUGCUAGGCAACCUGUGCGUGUGCUCUAGCGAAGGUCAGGACAUGAUAUGGAAAUACUGCUACCCUAAAUUGUUUGAGGGGUUGCUGUCAUGUGAUUGCCCUCCUGCGGUGAACGUCACUUGUAUGAUCAUACUCACGUGUGUCAGGGAGAGCUCCUCUAGAAGGUUGGAAUGUAUGUGUUUAUUACGGCAGUUGCUUCGUUGCCUAGGAGAUGACGAGCGACUGGAAUGGAUCGACCUACUCCUUCAGCUCCUACUCUCGCGGACACCUCUACAGUUGCUAUGGAAACAAUGCAGCGAUUGGCCGAAUGAAGUGCUCACACUAUUAAAUUAUAUACUGGAGCAAUUAUUGGAAGCCACUCACGACAACUACGAAGUACCCAAUAAAUCAACAGAUAAAUCAACGGGAGAUAUUAACACACAAACUGAAAAUCUAACUAUUUCUAAAUGUUCGGCAACACCUACUGCUGAGUGUGAGGUGUACGUUGCUAUGGCUACAAACGACAAUCUCGACUGUCUACAGCGUAUGUUUUGUGAGCAUGCUCAGUACGUAAUCUCCCGCGGCGAUGAGCUGAUCACCAUGGCAACAGCAAUAACGAUGGCGAGUGAUUGUCUGGAAGAUUCUGAAGUACUGAUACAGGUCCAGCUGGUGAGGUGUCUACUCUCUGUCCUCAACGCUCUGUGUGGGUGUGGUCAUGUUCUGCAACAGCUGCAGAGCCUCCGUCCCCCAAUCACCACCACACUAGAUCUUCUGAAGACCCUUUCUACGAUGGAUGGAAGCGCUGACUCAGCACGUCAUCGUAGCAGACUGGCAGCAAAGACCACACCCACUUCUAGUGUGAGGCUCCACCUACUAUUUGCGUUCAAGCGUGACCUGAUUCGACUGAUAGCUAAUCUCUCUCAUAAGAGUCCAAUAGUUCAGGAUAUUGUUAACGAGGUGGGGGCUUUCCCCUUAAUCCUCAAUCAGUGCAGCAUUGACCAUCGGAAUCCUUAUAUCACACAAUGGUCUGUACUUGCCAUACGUAAUCUCUGCGAGAACAAUCCGACCAAUCAGAUGCUAGUCGCUGGUCUCGAGUCACGAGGUUCCCCCAACACUGCCGGGCUACUACAAGAGAUGGGCUGUGAAGUGGAGAUCGGAAUAGACGGGAAGAUGAAGGUUAAAGGUCAAGCGAAAAAGUAAAGACAACUGAGAGAGACUAAUUGUGACAUUUGCUUGCUUGUUUACUAGCUAAACCAUUGUGUACAUUGCUUGUGGUUUUGUGGCAAAACACUUGUGACUUUCUUGGUACUCAAGAAUUGUUUAUGUUACUUGUUGUAUAUCAUGCGAUUUGCUACGUUAUCGAGAAUGUACAAACUUGA